AUGGUGAUCAGGGCGAGGGCUAACUUCUCGAUCGGCGGAUACCGUGUUUCUGUCUCGAGUGAGCACCGAGUUGACAGCCGAGGAGGAGACGGAGAGAUACAAAGACAAGACGUCCCCAACUCCGGUGAUUUGAAGAAGGGGAGGCAUCAGUCAGUUGCCUUGGAGAUGAACCGGUUUAACGCUGUUACUCGUCUAGUUAGGCUUUGGACCUCUUUCCGAGUCUUGGGCUAA